UAUGCGUAUUUACAAUGUUAUUCUUUAUCACACAGAUUGCUCGCUGUUAUUAAACUUACAUUGCCUGUAGUAGGUUAAUUGUGUCAUCAGUGACUUUACACAAUGUCGGACGACGAGGACUUGGUCUAUGUCAAGAAACAGAAAACUGUUCACUAUGGAUCUCUGGAAGAAACUGAGCGUGCGAGACUGGCUGCCGCAGCGGAAUCCUCCGAGGAAGAGAAAGAUGCUACGAAUUUGGGAGACGGUGUCAAUGCUGUUAUCACUUUGGGAAAUGUCCAUAUAUCCAAUGAAUAUAUGGAACUUGAGGAUGAGAUGUCUAAGGAUAGACAAGCUCUCCUAGAAGAAUUCGAGCGUAGGAAAAAAGCUCGUCAAAUAAAUGUAUCUACCGAUGAUUCUGAAGUGAAAAAGAAUUUGAGACAAUUAGGAGAACCUAUAUGUCUGUUCGGCGAAGGCCCGGCGGACAGAAGAACAAGAUUAAGAGAAUUGUUGGCUAGUCUUGGCGAGGAUGCUAUCAAAAAGAAGCACGAAGAAGAAGAGAAACCUUCGCAUGCCAUUGAAAGGGACACAGAAACCACUUGGUACCACGAAGGACCAGAAUCUCUUCAAAUAGCACGUUCUUGGAUAUCAUCAUAUUCAUUACCUAGAGCAAAGGCUAGACUGGACAAAGCGAGACAGGAUUUAGAGCUGCCAACAGCUACACGCACCGCACGUCGUCAGGAACUUCUAAAGAAGUUGCAGGCACUGACAAUCUACUGCUCUCAANGCAGGAUUAAGCAAUCACACAGGCCGAUGGUUCCUCGAUAG